AUGGAGCCAUCAUCGAUGCGACAUACACUAAUUGCGGUGGUGAUCGUUCUGGUCACGCUGCAACUGUUUGGCUCCUCGGUGGCGGCUCAGCACGGACAUCGACACGACAUCAAAGGCUACCGCAUCGGCCAAAAUGUGACCUUCGAGUGCAUGGAGGAGGGGCGCUGGGUGCCUGGCCCGACGUGUACAGAGACUGGCGAACCCAUGGUGUUCACAUAUGGCGUGGAGUCGUUCGCAUCGUGUGGCUGGCACAUCAAAGAUGAAAAGAUGUACGAGUUCCUUGCAUCGCUCAUUCGCCGCGACAUGACCUGGAACUGCCGAGUGCCCAUGGUGCCCGACGUGCCCGAGGGGCACGACUGGUACGUGCCCUUCACCAUCCCGGUGUGGGGCGUCGUCGAGAAGGACCACAUGCACAUCGACAAUCACCUCUUCUUCGUCUUCCACGCUGCCGCCGGUCGCAUUCUCGGCGCCACCUCCUACCCGGUGAGGAAUCGGCUCCAGUUCGGCAAGCCGGGCUCCAUCGUCACCAUGCACGGACCCAUCAAAUGGUUCAACGGACACACGUUCCUGCCGUUCUCGUCGGCCUCGCGACAGGUCAACGUGCCCAGCGAUCUCGGGAGCACCGUGUUCGUGGCGGUGUGCUGCGUGCUCACCCUCAUGCUCUCAGCCCUCGGUUUCACCUUCCUCUACAAGUUCUACCUGCGGAAGCGCCUCGUUCAGAAGAUGCUCAAGAAGGACUAG